UUCUCCUGGUUCUUCUGCUGGUUCCUCUGUGGUUCUUCUCCUGGUUCUUCUGCUGGUUCCUCUGUGGUUCUUCUGCUGGUUCUGGUCUCUCUUCUCCUUUCUCUACCAGUGCAUGAGUUCUACUGAUCAACUGCGCGGCUCGAACCCUGAGGAAGCGCCACACCUACACCCCGCGGUUUGGGGUGCUGAUGCGCAGGUGAUGGGGGACGCAUGCUCACACAAACUCGACUCCACCAAGCUCCUGAAGCUCCUACUGAUCCUCCUGCCCUGUGUGUGUGCCAUCGUCUGUCUGCUCACCCUACUGCUGGCAUUCACAGGAAUUUUUGGGAAUGGGCUGCUGGACUCCGACGAUCCCGCCUCCUUCUCGGGAACCGACAUCACCAUGGCGACCGUCGCUCCACUUGUGGGCGUCACUACGGAUGGAAGCGCCUUCGUCAAUGACACUGCUACGGUUACACCCAUCGCCACGACGUCUGCUGACCCCACCGCCCUCGACUCAUCACCGUCUUCACCAUCAUCGUCGCCGUCGUCAUGGACGCCGAGUGCUGAUUGGCCGACCGGUUUCUCUACCGUGAGCGCUCUGCCGAGCGUCGAACCCACCGGUGCCAUCGCCGACGCCGGCGUGUGUGGGGAGAUCACCGAGCCUCAGUGCUACAUGUUACCGUAUAACCGGAGCGGCGUGUUGCCGGGGGUGACGGUGGUGAAGCAGGGGGAGAUGGAGAUGUUCCUGAGGUUCUUCACCUACCUGAACCGGCUCAACUGUUACUCACACAUCAUGCUGUUCGGCUGCACCAUCGCCCGCCCCCAGUGUGUGAGCGACGGGGGCAACACGCGCCUGCUGUUACCCUGUUACUCGUUCUGUGAGGCGGCGAGGGAGGGGUGCGAGUCGGUGCUUCAGAUGUUUAACGCCUCGUGGCCCGAAUUCCUGCGCUGCUCCCAGUUCCUCAACAUCACCACGGCAACACCCCCUCCCCAGCCCGCCUGUUACACCCCGCGCCACGCCAAGGGGCGGGCAUCAGUGUGUGGUGGUAGUGACAGUUUCCUGUGUAUGACGGGGAUUUGUGUCCCUCAGAAGUUGGUGUGUAACGGUUAUAACGACUGUGAUGACUGGAGUGAUGAAGCCAACUGUGUCUGUUCGGAUAAAGAGUUCAGUUGCGGUACGGGCCGCUGCGUGAACGUUUCUCUGCUGUGUGACGGAUACGACGACUGUGGGGACCUGAGCGACGAGCGCGACUGCAACUGUGACCCUGUGAAGGAACAUCACUGUGGGGAUGGACGCUGUGUUCUUCUGGAGUGGCUCUGUGAUGGAGAUCACGACUGUGUGGAUAAGAGUGACGAGCUGAACUGCUCGUGUAAAGCACAGGGACUGAUGGAGUGUAAGAACGGUCAGUGUAUCCCUGGCGCCUUCAGAUGUGACGGUGAGGACGACUGCAAGGACGGGAGUGAUGAAGAGAACUGCACUAAACAACUGUGUUGCAGCGGUGGUGCCCACUGUGAACCACACAACAGCAGCGCCAACUGCAGUGACUGUGAACCGAUCUCUCUGGAGCUUUGCAUGAACCUUCCCUACAACACCACACGCUUCCCCAACUACCUGGGCCACCAGUCUCAGAAGGAGAGCUCAGUGAGCUGGGAGUCGUCCCUCUUCCCUGCGCUCGUCCAGACCACCUGCUACAAGUACCUCAUGUUCUUCGCCUGCACUGUCCUGGUGCCCAAGUGCGACCCGCUCACACACCUGAGAGUGCCACCCUGCAGGUCUCUCUGUAGAAGCUCUAAGGAGCGUUGUGAGUCCGUGCUGAGCACUGUUGGACUGCAGUGGCCUGAAGGUACAGACUGUGCUCAGUUUCCCGAGGAUGGACAAGAAAACACCCCCUGUCUCCUGCCCGACCAGGACGUCCACGAAUGUUCUCCCAGUCACUUCAAGUGUCACUCCGGGAGGUGCGUGCUCUCCGCCAAACGCUGCGACGGACACGCGGAUUGCGACGACGACAGCGAUGAGGAGAACUGCGGAUGUACCGAGCGUGGGUUGUUUGAGUGUCCUUCUGAUAAAUCCUGCAUCAAGAACUCCAUGAUCUGUGAUGGGUUUCCAGACUGUAGCCUGCUGGAGGAUGAAAAGAACUGCUCGGUGUGUAAUGAUAACGAGCUGGAGUGUAAUAACCACGAGUGUGUGCACCGGACUCUGUGGUGCGAUGGGAAGCAGCACUGCUCCGACAGCUCCGACGAGUGGAACUGCGUCUCUCUCUCGGGUUCGGUGCUGGUGGUCAGUAGGACGGCGGUGGAGUAUCAGGUUUGUGCUGAUGAGUGGAACUCGGAGCUCAGCACCAUCGCCUGCACACAGCUCGGUUUAGGAGCUCCUCUCUCAAUGGAAGCCGUGGAGGACAGCUACAGUUCAGGGAGGAGGCGCUGGCUCCACGUUCACCCGGACUGGAUCAGACGGAACAACACUGCACUGCAGGGGCUGUUGGAGAAGAGGGGGCAUUCUUGUCACUCACGCAAGAGGGUCACCCUUCAGUGUUCCAGAGAGGAGUGCGGCCACAGACCCGCGGCGCGGAUGGUGAAGAGGAUUCUGGGAGGACGUACCAGCAGACCCGGGCGCUGGCCAUGGCAGUGCUCACUGCAGAGUGAGAAGAGCGGCCAUAUUUGUGGGUGUGUGCUGAUCGGGCGGAGGUGGGCGCUCACUGUGGCGCACUGUUUCGAGGGGCGUGAGAGUGCAGACGUGUGGAGGGUGGUGUUGGGUAUUAAUAACCUGGACCACCCGUCCAUACACACUCAGACGUGGAGUGUGAAGAGUGUGACGGUACACUCGCGUUAUAACCGCGCCGUGGUGGAUUAUGACAUCAGCAUCAUCGAGCUGGACGCCGACGUCCACGUCAGCAGCUACGUCCGACCCGUGUGUUUACCCCAGCCCGGGUACACCCUCACCCCCGACACCUACUGCUACAUCACCGGCUGGGGUUACAUGGGUAACCGGGUGCCCUUUAAGCUGCAGGAGGGCGUGGUGAGGGUGAUCUCUCUGUCUCAGUGCCAGUCUUAUUUCGAUAUGAAGACCAUCACCUCUCGGAUGCUCUGCGCCGGGUACGAGGCCGGAACCAUCGACUCCUGCAUGGGUGACAGUGGGGGGCCCCUGGUGUGUGAGGGCCCGGAUGGACACUGGUCUCUGUACGGUCUGACAUCGUGGGGGUCGGUUUGUUCCUCCAAAGUGCUCGGACCAGGAGUGUACGCCAACAUCACCCACUUCACUGAGUGGAUCAGGAGGGAGAUGUACUUACACACCUUUCACCUGGUCUAACACACACGCACACACACACACACACACACACACACACACACACACACACACACAGAGUGAAGAAAUGAAAAAAAGAAUGUAUUUUAUAUUAUCAUUCCAAGAUGAAACGUGUGUAUCAGUAUGUGUGUGUGUGUGUGUGUGUGUUUAUUACAGACUGUUAAAUGUUGCUGCUAUAUUACUCGUUGCCAAACUGCCACAGUGUUUUAAAUGUGUUUGUGUGUGUGUGUUUGUGUCAACAUGUAUGUGUGUGUGUUUGUGUGUGUGUAUUACAAGUGUCCCUAUUUGUGCAAUUGUCUCACAUCAUCGGUCCACUGUGGACGUGUCCCAAACCACAUCCUGCUCACUAUGUACUGUAACCCAUUACUCACAAGGAACUACACACACACUCUGUGAUUUGAGACACAGCCGAUCACUCAAAAUGAAACGUUUUAUUUAUUUCACUGUUAUAAAUCUUUUAUUAUUAAUAUUUUAUCAAAGAUAUUCAUGCAGUUUAAAACCUUGCAGUUGUAGAAAUGCACACGUGUGUGUGUGUGUGUGUGUGUGUGUGUGUGUGUGUGUAUAACUGUCUGUGUGUGUGUAUAACUGUGUGUGUGUGUGUGUGUGUGUGUGUGUGUGUAUAACUGUCUCUGUGUGUGUAUGUGUAUAAGUGUGUGUGUGUGUGUGUGUGUGUUUAUCAUGUACAUGUACACAGCAGUACUCUGAGAUGUGAGUGGAACAUUCCCUGUACGAUGUUGUUUUGUAAUUAAAACUAUUUUUCUAGUUUUGUUGUGAUUUUCUAUGUGAAGCUGCUGACGGUGUGAAACGCUUCCAGUUUCUGUAUUUUUAACGCCGUGACGUUUCUGUAAACAUCACACAGAUGUAGGAGUGGAUUUUAUUACUACAAUAAAUCACGUCAACACAAA